GUAAGCCCUUACCCUACAUGCCUUAUGAAAUGAAGCUGGCUCUGGAACAGGAGAUGCACUCUGGUCGGCCAGGCUCUCCCUACAGACUCUCCCCCAGGGAGAUGAGCAGAGCCUCACCCCAGCCUGACCCCAACGCCCCCAAUGCCUCCCGCUACAGUGUGCCACCAGUCCUCCACCCGGCCCCCAACCAGCUGGUCCAGAGCAUAGCAGACGGAGUCCGCGUGACGUUCAGCAGACCCAGUCGACCUCCGAAUAUUCCCUCUCCUCCUCCACUCAUUCCAACCACCAAGCCCACCGACAAGCCCUCCUUCAUCCAAGGAGGCUCCAUAUCCCAGGGAACUCCCGGCACAUACCUGCCGUCCCAUGCUGUCUACGGUCCGGAGGGGACUAAGAGCGCAGUGGGCUCCAUCUCUUUAGGUCUGCCUCGGCAGCAGGAUCCUAACAAACCUGGAGCUGCAGUUCCAUCCAUGCAGGACGGAAGGGGCAACCCAGCAAAGAUGGGCGAGGGUCUGGCUAAGAGAGGGUCCAUAACUCAGGGCACGCCAGCCCUUUCCCAGCCCAUCAUGGCUGCUGACCUCCUGAAGGGCACCAUCACAAAGUUGGCCACAGAGGACAUGAGCAACCCAGACAAGGCCAGGGGAGACCAGCUGUCUAAAGGUCAUGUCAUCUAUGAAGGGAAGAGUGGUCACAUCCUCUCCUAUGAUGCUAUCAAGAACCCAAGGGAAAACACCCGCAGUCCCAGGACAGCCCUUGAGCUGAAACGCACUUACGACAUGAUGGAGGGACCCUUGGGCAGGGGACACCCUUGCAGGGAAGGAGCUCCAUUCGAGGGGUUGAUUAGCAGAGCCUUGCCAAGAGAAGGUCAACAUGGAGAUUCUAAGGAAAGACCAAUGAUGACUGGAUCCAUCAUGCAAGGAACACCUAGAACGGCUGCAGAGACUUAUGAAGAUGCCAUGAAAUAUGGAAAGCAGAUAAAGCGUGAGAGCCCUCCCAUCCGCUCCUUCGAAGGGGGAAUUGGCAAGGGCAAGCCCUAUGAGGGAGUCAACACCAUCAAAGAGUUGGGACGCUCCAUUCACGAAAUCCCCAGACAAGAGCAGUCCGGCCAGGAUGUCUGCAAGACCCCCGAAAUGUCAGACAGGAGGGGUAUGGAGGGCUCCAUGUCCCAGAUUCACCCUCACAACCAGUCGACCAUCAAGCACAACGUCAAGUCCCUGAUCACCAGUCCCAAUAAGCUUCCCCACAACAUGCCCCAGCUCGAUGCCAUGGAAAGAGCCAAAUACGAGGAGGGCAAGGUGGUCCGCCAAUCUGUGCUCAACUCCACCUCUGUCCUGCGAUCCACCCACCAGGAGGCUAACAAGUCUCAGCUCAGCCCAAGCAUGUACGAGGACGCCAACGCUCGCAGGACCCCCGUCAACUACAGCACCAACCCUGGGUCCAGAGGAUCACCCAUGAUGGGACGUACACCCGAGGGUGUUAUGAGCUCUGCGAAAUCUGCUGCACAUGAAAGAAAGAAUGCCAUGACCCCGACACAGAGGGAAAAUAUCCCUUCCAAGUCUCCAGUGACGGGCGGUGACCCUGUGGGCUCUCACAGCCCCUUCGACCCCCAGCACCGACACAUUGUUCCUGGAGAAAUGUACCGAGCACACCUGCCUCCACACUUGGACCCCACCAUGGCCUUCCACAGAGUGCUCGAUCCUGCAUUCAUGUUCCCCAGGCAGCCGUCUCCAACCGGCUACCACAACACGUACCAGCUGUACACCAUGGAGAACACACGGCAGACGAUCCUCAAUGAUUAUAUCACUUCCCAGCAGAUGCAAGUCAUCCGACCUGACAUGGCCCGAGGGUUGUCACCGCGGGAACAGCUCCCUUACGUAGCCGGACCCGGAGGGAUAAUUGAUCUAGCCCAGAUGCCUCCAACUAUCCUGUUACCUCACCCUGGGGGAACAGGUAAUCCCACUUUGGAACGCAUCGCCUACCUCCCCGGAGCUCAGCCCCCUUUCCCUUCUAGAGCUUUCAACCCAACCUCCAUAUCGCCAGGCCACCAAGCCCACCUUGCUGCCGCGGUUGCUGCCAGUGCGGAGAGGGAGCGGGAGAGGGAGCGUGACCGGGAGCAGCAGGAGAAAGAGCGAGAGAAGGAAAGGGAGAGGGAGCAGCGGGAGAGGGAGAGGGACCGGGAAAUACGGGAACGGGAAAUACGGGAACGGGAGAGAACCAACGAAUACAUGCGCGGAGGUGGAGCAGAGCAGCCCGGCCGGCCAGGGAGUCGAGGUUAUCUGCACUCCCCCUCCCCCUCGCUCAGGACGCAGGAGGUGGUGGUUCAGCAGCGGCCCAGCAUCUUCCAGGUCAAGAGUGUCAUCACCGCUCUGAUGCCUCAAACAGCAGCAGCAACAGCAGCAUCACAGAGCAGCUCUCGCUACAGCACUGCAGCUGACGCUCUGGCUGCCCUGGUGGACGCUGCAGCCUCCGCCCCUCAGAUGGACGUCGCCAAGGUGAAGGAGAACAAACAAGAACGGGAAGACGAAAUGUCGAGGCGAGCACAGCAGCAGCAGCACGAGGCAGAGAGGCGCUCCAUGCAGUCACCAUACGGUGCUAUGUCUCUGCCAGGGGGUAAGCCUCAUUCAGCUUACACUGAGGGGCCCGGAGCUAAGGAUAAGGGCCCUCCAACGUCAAAGUCUCGCAUCGAAGAGGAGCUUCGGACUCGUGGAAAGACGACUAUCACAGCAGCUAACUUCAUUGACGUCAUCAUCACGCGGCAGAUAGCCUCGGACAAGGACUCAAGAGAGCGAGGCUCUCAGAGCUCGGACUCCUCCAGCAGCUUGUCAUCUAAUCGAUACGACAACACCGCCGGAGGAACCAUCGAGGUGAUCAGUCCUGCUAGUUCCCCAGUCCAACCCCAACAGGAGAAACCAGAGGAAGUGCAACCACAGGCAGCAGGUGUGAACACACAAACUCCAUUUGAAUCAGAAGACACCGGCGCUAAAUUCUCCAGAUGCGAAGCGGCAGGCCGAUGCGAGAACUAUGAACCCAUUUCUCCACCACAACGCUAUCCAGUGUUUUAUGGGGGAGAAACAGGAAGCGCCGGGCCAAUCCACUCCCAGAGACGAGAGGCUGAAAACUCUGAGAUCAGAGGAAUGACUCCGCUCUCCGGGAAGACUCCAACUCUGGUGGUCGCGGGUGAUUCUGAUGUUGGAAAUGCUCAACCAGGCACAGAGAUUUUCAACUUGCCUGCUGUUACCAGCUCCAGCAGCAUCAACCCAAGGAAUAACUCAUUUAGUGACCCGGCCAAUAACCUGGGCCUAGAGGACAUCAUCCGCAAAGCCUUGAUGGGCAACCUGGAGGAGAGGCCAGAGGAGCAUCAGGGGGGUCAGUCUGCCGCCAACAACAACACACCCAGCGCAGGCAGCGAAGUCCGCCAGGAGGCCAACCCGUCUCCCAGUAUGGGGAAGCAGAAGCAGAGCAAAGCCAACAGCCGGAAAACCAAGUCCCCUAACCUGGGUCAGGCCUACGCCGGAGGGGAACGUCCCUCCUCAGUGUCCUCCGUCCACUCCGAGGGAGAUUAUCACCGGCAAGCCCAAGCUCAACCCCAGUGGAGCUGGGACGACCGACCCUCAUCCACAGGAUCAAUGCAGUUCCCAUACAACCCGCUGACCAUGCGCAUACUGAGCAGCACGCCACCCACCUCCAUAGCUUCCCCCGCCAUUCAGAGCCAGCAACAGCAACAGCAGCAGCAGCAGCAACAACAUCAGCAACAACAUCAACAACAUCAACAACAACAACAACAACAACAACAACAACAGCAGCAGCAACAGCAGCUGCAGCCGCCUCCUGCUGGAGCUCCGGUGGCCCAGCAGCGGGUGUGGCAGUCUCUGCUGUCAGAGCAAUACGAGACCCUAUCUGACAGCGACGACUGAGCCCCGCUCGCUACAAGCCCCGACAACCAGAAGAGAGCCCUCCCUGCACUAAGGCUUGUCUUU